AUAAGCCAUCCGACGGGUAAGAAAUAUAGAUAAAGGUGGAUUCAGAAUGUCUCUUUUCAAUAAAUUAUCACUCAGAGAAAUUGUAUUGAAAGAUAAAAGGGUUUUUAUCAGAGUAGAUUUCAAUGUUCCCUUAAAUUUGAACAGAGAAAUCACGAAUAACCAGAGGAUUACGUCUACAAUUCCUACAAUUGAAUAUGUUAUAGAGGAGGGAGCAAAAGCAAUAAUUCUUGCAUCUCAUUUAGGCCGGCCUAAUGGCAAAAGAAAUGAGAAAUAUUCAUUAAAACCAGUAUCAGAAGAACUGGAGAAGCUUCUUGGAAGGAAGGUUACUUUUUUGAAUGACUGCGUUGGCGAAGAAGUGGAGAAAAUAUGUAAAGAAGCAACAAAUGGACAAAUUAUCUUACUUGAAAACCUGAGAUUCCAUAUUGAAGAGGAGGGAAGUGCUAAAGAUGAAGAGGGAAACAAGAUCAAAGCGGAUCCUAAGGAUAUUGAGAGUUUUCGUAGGUCAUUAACGUCAUUAGGAGAGAUAUAUAUCAAUGAUGCAUUUGGCACUGCACAUCGUGCACAUAGCUCUAUAGUUGGGGUUGAUUUGCCUCAGAAGGCAGCAGGGUUUCUUAUGAAAAAAGAACUUGACUUUUUUGCAAAAGCUCUUGAAAGUCCUCAGAGGCCUUUUUUAGCAAUUUUAGGUGGAGCUAAAGUUUCAGACAAAAUACAGCUUAUUGACAAUCUUCUUGAUAAAAUUGACCUUUUGAUUAUAUGUGGUGGAAUGGCAUAUACAUUUAAAAAAAUUUUAGAAAAUAUGGAGAUUGGAUUAUCUUUGUUUGAUAAAGUAGGUGCAGAAAAUGUUAAAUUUUUGGUAGAAAAAGCAAAAAACAACAAUGUAAAAGUUGUUUUCCCUGUAGAUUUCAUCACAGCAGACAAAUUUGAUAAUGAUGCAAAAACAGGAUAUACUACUGAUAAAGAAGGAAUUUCCCCUCAUUUAAUGGGGCUAGAUUGUGGUCAUAAAUCAAUUGAAUUAUUUCAAGAUGUAAUAAAACAAGCCAAAACCAUUUUAUGGAACGGUCCUGCUGGAGUAUUUGAAUUUGAUUCUUUUGCUUAUGGAACUAAAAAAAUACUUGAUGCUGUAGUUUCCUCCUCAAUUUCUGGAAAUAUGGUCAUUAUAGGUGGCGGUGAUACUGCUACUGUUGCUGCAAAAUACAAUCAAGUUCAUAACAUAUCUCAUGUUAGCACUGGUGGCGGUGCAAGUUUGGAACUUUUAGAAGGAAAAUCCCUUCCUGGUGUUUCAAUAUUAACUGAUAAACAAUAAUCUAUUUCAUUAUACUAAAUUUAUCAACUAAUACUAAAAUCCUUUU